ACCAAAGGUUACAGUCCUCGCUGCCAUAAUGUCCUGGGUACAAGCUGCCAACAGCCGAUCCAGUGAAGACAUAUUUGAUGAAGAUGCAGAUGAGAUAUAUAUAGCACAGAAAGAAUGGAAUAGCACCAUGAAGAAAAGAUUGAAGGAAGGCUAUAGGGAUGGCAUUGAGGCUGGGAAAGAACUUGCACUCCAGGAAGGCUUCAACGUGGGCUACAGACGAGGUGCUGAGCUGAUGGUCACAUGUGGCCAGUUCAGAGGUACCCUGAGUGCUCUCUUAUCCUGGUGUCAGCUUAAUGGACAUGAUUCUGCUUUGAGUAAGAUAAAUCAUCUUUUAGAUGUGAUUGGAAAGCAUGAAGAAGAUGUGCUUAAGUACCUGAAUUCUACGCAGGAACAGCCACAUUUUGGAGAUAUUUUAGAUUUUGUUCAAGACUUGGAUCUUAGUGAUACAGCUCCAUCUGGGAUAGAAUGUGAUGCAGAUAAAGCUGGAAAAGAUAAUCAGAGUGGCAAAACUUGCAGAAAUAAUGGUAAGGAUGAUGCAUUGCAAUCUGAGUGUAGCAAGGCAAAAUUUUGCACAGAUGCUGGACAGCCAACCCUUGCUUGGGUUAAGGAGCAGACUGUUUGGUUAGUAGAGCAACUGGGCUUAUCACAGGAGAUGCAACAUCAUGUCCAGCAACUGGGACAUUAGUUUCUCUGUCUUGUGGUGUUUAAAACUAUCUGAACUGGAUUGGAGUGUGUGGAGCAAGUGUAGGCUCCUGGUUGACUUCAU